AUGGCUCCAAAGAACCGCAUCAUCAUUGACACAGACCCGGGUGUCGACGACGUGCUUGCCAUUCUUCAAGCACUUUCGUCAUCUCCAGAGGAUCUGGAGGUGGUCUUGUUGUCCGUCACUUACGGCAACGUUCCUGUCACCAGUUGCCUUCGCAAUGUCGUCGCUAUCUUCCACGUUCUCGAGAAGGAGAUGGCAUGGCGGGAGGCCAACGGCAAACACUUGGGUUUUGAUGCGCUCAAGGCGUUCAAGCCGCUCGUCGCAGUCGGUGCAGCGCAUCCGCUUGAGGAAGACGAGCUUGCUGCAGACCAUUUCCAUGGUGCUGAUGGUCUUCAUGGUGUCCACACUGAGCAUCCUCAUCUCACUCCAGGGGAGAGUUGGGACGCCGCCUUCCAUGGAGAUCAGCAGAACUUCUCAUCUUCGCUGUUCAUCCCAUCCAGAGAGCCCGCCUACAAAGAGAUUCUCCGCUUGUUGCGUGAGAGCCCUCCUAACUCCAUCACAAUCGCUGCCAUCGGACCGUUGACCAAUCUAGCGCUGGCGGCCGCCGAAGAUGUAGACACUUUCCUUCGCGUCAAGGAAGUUGUCGUUAUGGGAGGGGCAAUUGACUUGCCAGGCAACAUCACGCCGAUGGCUGAGUUCAAUACUUAUGCAGAUCCAGCUGCAACGGCCCGAGUCUUCGCCCUGACAUCGCCUUCUCCCAAAUCCACGAUGCCGCUCGCAGCUUCGCUACCUCCAUACCCGAAGGAUGUGAAAGGCAAGCUCAAGCUGACUUUGUUUCCUUUGGACAUCACGACCCCGCACCGCCUCUUCAGACGGCACUUCGCAGAGAAAAUCACACCUCUAUUGGCGAGCGGGAGCCCCUUGGCGCAGUGGACCGAGCACUUCAUGUCCAAAACUUUCGACAAGAUCGACUCAAUGAAGGGGCCAAACAGCACCUCCGAUGCUGGUCUUCAACUGCAUGAUCCCAUGACCAUCUGGUACAUCCUGACUAAAGAAGACACACGCUGGAAGUCUAAGCCCAUACCUGAGGACAUCCACGUAGAAGCCUCCGGUCAGUGGACACGUGGGAUGCACGUGGUGGAUCGCAGAGGGUUCAGAAAGACGAUGCCAAAGGCGGACAACCCUGACGGCUUGGUCAUGAACGAAAUGUUGGAAGACAACGGCGGUUGGCUUGCAGCUGGCAAAGGAAAUCGGAUUAACAGGAUCAUUCAGUCUCCGGGAAAGGAUUAA